ACACAAUAAUCACGUGACUAGAGACGGACCAAUAUUCCACGAGGCUGACAUUUUUACCACCAACAAACUCCAACAACUCGGCCGUGUGUGGCACGUGCGGCCCCAAUAUCUUGCUGUCACCUCCACAUAGUUGCUUCGUGGCGCCAAUUGCCGCCAAAGCUUGCCAAAUGAGGCCCUAUCUAAGCUCUUUCCGUCUACCCCUAAUAUAUAAUCGCUGGCUUGAAUUACUCUAUGUGGAAAUCUGUUGAAGCUAUCCCACCACUCAGCCCUGGCAAGGCAUAACUGGCGCGUUGUUCGGCUUGGAAGCCAUCGCGACCAAGAUGUAUACUCCAGCGUUGUUGUUGGAGCUAGCAUACUAUUCCUUCGCGCCAAAUCCUUCGCGCUUCGGAGCCUCGUCAGCAACGUGAGCAAAACUUCGUGCCUGGGCUCCGGAGAUCUCCAGAGAUACUUCAAUGAGUACCUCAGGGUAUCCCCCCGGUUGGGAAGCUGACUACGAUGGGGAGACGGAAAGAUGGUUUUAUACCCAUAAGCCGACAGGGGUCAGGCAGUAUCACUUCCCCAAGGCUGGUGAUGAGGUCGAGUUGGCUGCUGCCAUGAACAGGACCAAGGCCGCCAACAAAGCCAAGUUGAAAGAGAACAAUACGGCUCAGAGCUCAAAGGACAUAGCAUCUACCAAAAUCACACCAGGCACAAAGUCUCAAUUUCUAGAGCAAAGUCCCACUAUCAAGCGUUCAGUAUCAGAGCGUGCCACGCCAACAUCGCCACAACCAAUACCCAACGUGUUCAGGCAGAGCUUCCAAGCUGCUCAGAGAACCAAUGCAGCUACGGCUCAGCAAUUGGUUCCUCAACAAACUAGCCCAGCUGCACUUCCUCUAUUGAAUACGCAGCUGCACGGCACAUCAGGAACUCCCGGUCAAGUUGCCAGCUCUGCUCACCCUUUACGCAUUAAUACCAAUGCACUUAAUCAAGGCGGCAAUGCAUCUCCGGUGCAGAGUAUGUCGGCGGGGCCUUGGAACCAGUCGACUUCGAAGGCCUCUGGAGUGAGCUACAGCGAUCGCGGUGCGUCUUAUGUCUCGCAGGGGUCUCAAAGGAUACCCGAUUCUUCGACUCCAGUUGCCAGCGAACCUCCUGCGGUUCCGCCAAAGGUUCUAGAGUCUGACCGAAUCCCGGUGGCAGGAAGCAAACAUCUACGCCAGACACACAGCCAUUCAUCGUCGGUGCCGCAUAAUAAUGCGGGUGAAGUUAUCUGUUCCAGACUUGGUAUCCUGUAUUUUUCGGACACCGAUAAAGAGGAUGUAAUAACGAAUCUCCAAAACUUGGCCCGGAUGUAUCCGGAUGUUACCCUAUCUCAGCUCGUAGAUCCUCACAUGGAACUACCGCGAGCAAAAGUACCCAACCAACCAAGCCCUUCCCAGAUACCUUCUGGCCAAGAGCGCCAGCGCAAUGCUCCUGAUACCAGCCCUGCUCCGGCCUCCGCAAUAUCAGCAGAUGCAAGCCUUCCCAUUGCUUUCGUUGCCUAUUCCCGGGUACCUCAACCAACGCAAAUGACCUACUCAUCCCCCAUUGCUGGUCCAAAUCCUGGUUUCGGUGCAUCGUCGCCCAGCUCUGCGUAUGAUUAUCAAAGGCGCCAUCAUUCAUCGUCCAAUGCGUCGAUAACUUCCACAGCUAUUCAAACAUCACAUGAUAGGGCGCACUCUUCAAGCAUUAACUCGAAGCGGCAAGACUCAAUUGGCACGCAGACGUAUUCGCCCCAAACUAGGUCUGAGCUUGCUCAAACCGCUUGGGGUCUAAAACCUGCUUCUGCAAGCACUGAGGGGCCAGAGAUGGCGGUCGGUAUACCGGCUAGGCCUGCAACCACUGCUCCUGUCCAAGCUGUGGAGUCGUCUCCUGACGUGCUGGGUGGUAGACCAUCAAGGCAGCACAGCAUGGGCAGAAAGCCGUUGUCUAGUCAAAGCCCCAUCAUGAAUCGUCCGUAUCGAUCAAUGUCCUGGCAACCACGCGACCAUUCACCAAAUCCCCAAUUGCCAUCUUCGUUAGUCAGUGAAGUGCCCGAAGAGCCAUCUACGCCUCCGCCAGAUGUUGCACAGCAGGGAUCGUCACUUGUCUCGACUUCGUCAAAGGUUUACUCUGAAGAGGCUCUACGUUCAACUGCGUCACCAGAACAGCAGCCCCAGGAAAAGAGUGGGCCCGAUCAAAAGGAGCUUGACCGUUUAAACUCCAUAAUCCAAGAACAGAAUAAGCAACUAGCGGCGCUCUACCAACAGAAUGUACAAAAUCUCCAGGAUCUACAAAACCAGCAGAAUGCAUCUGUCUCGCAUCAGCGCCACUCGAGUGUUCCGGUAUCACAAUCUACACGGAGCAGUGUCUACACUCAGUCUUCUCUUCAAAAUACCCACUAUCCUCCGAGUUAUCCAAGUGUCCCGGUAUCGCCGAUUAGUCGGCCGGAGUCUCUUGUGUUUUCGAUCCAGGAGGAACCCCGACCUCUUUCGCUAUCAGAACCGGCAUUCGACGCAAUCGCUAGCAAGCCUGGUGACAUUGAGAGCAUAGUCGAGAAUAAUAGCGAUCCUAUCGAUGCGUUUGAAAAUAACGCACAUACCGCAAGUGAUGCCCCGCAACACUUUGGGAAUCAGCCUGGUCAAGCACCCAUGUUCGAAUGUAGUAUCGCCCAAAACAGCACCGAAGAAGAACCUAGGGUUGAUGAUAAAGAGGUCGAUAGCUAUCAACCAGCAGACACAACUAACCAGAUGAGUGCGGCUGCUGCCUCUAUGGGAGACCGAUCAGAAUCUCGCGGAUCAAACCAGACGGACUCCAAACGAAAAUCAUGGUCUCACGUACGGACACACAGUGCUACGCAGCAAAUAGCAGAUCAAACUGUUCAUCAACUCGAAUCCGCAGAUGUUUCCAUCCGAGCUACGUCUUCAGCAAGUCAGACGACCGGUUUCUUGGUAACGCAGGAGAUACCAAAUCAAGAGCCUCGGCAACACUCGCUACAAAACAAUGUGACUGUCCAGGAAAUACAGCCAGCACACAUUGAACAUGUUCCGGCCCAGCCACCAACCCAACAACCCCAUCACCAUGUCUCGAACGUGCCACAAUCAAACAAUCAGCACUUGCCAAACCACCAACGGCAUAGCUCACAGCCUCGGGUUGAGUUACAAACCCAGCAGCAUUAUAUGGCACAAGCACGCUCAGCUUCCCAAAGUCAACCUCACUCAGCCCAGAGCUACCAAGCCCCAAAUACUAUGAGUCAAUCAGCGGUACAUGAGAUAAACUUACAAAAAGCUUUGGAAGCGCAAAUCCAGCAACACCUCGAAGCUGUAGUCUCACCACAGUCCGCAGUCUCCCCUCCGGAUCCGGCCGACACAUUUUAUGGUGUUAAUUCAGAUUCAGCAGUUUCUGACUUGUCGACACCUGGGCUAGUUCACAAAGAGUAUUUUGAUCCUGCUUCUGUCAAACACUCACAGGUCACGGCUAUAGCGCCAAGGAGGAUAUCUAUCGCCGAAGUUGUAGGUCCCGCGCAGGGCCAUGCGAGGAAGCCUUCCCUUCCCAAGGUUCCCAUUUCUGAGGGCCCAAAGUAUUACGAAGAAAAGCAGGUUUUCUUCCCUGCCCACGCUCCGUUGAAAAUUGGCUCUGGCCAGAAUGCUGGAUUACAAAACGAGGCGUUUGCGGAGCAGGAGCCUCCAGUGCCCGAAAAAAUUGCGGGAAUAUCCACAGGACCAAGUCCAUCUAGGCCUGGUAUACAUGGUAGCCCUAGACCUGCGGCUGCCAGCGACCUCCCAAUACAAUUCGUCGCCUUCACACGAUCUAAAGGCACAGAAGCAGCCCCUACAGCCAUUGCUAGGCCAGAAAGCAAAUUGCUUGCCGCAAACCCACCAUCUGAUGGCAAUGCCAAUAUCAGCCAAACUCACACCCAUUCCUCGAGGCCAAGGGUAUCUUCUUGGUCUGAAAUGGAAAAAUCCUCCUAUCUCCCGCCGCAACCGACAUUUACCUUUGGCAUGCCCGGAGAUAAACAGGACGAUGCUGCAGCGGCGGAAAGCUUGUACGAUGGGGGUGGAUACGGGGACUACGACGAUUACAACGAUGACGGGCCGGCGCCGCCCCGAUUCGGCACUCCACAACCCCACAUGCUUCAGGUGCAACGAAGCACCUGAAGAAGUAAUAGUUAUAUUUUCGAACAUUCGUUGGAUUUACUAUAUACCCAUUUUGCGAAUUUGCGAUUUUGGUUUUCACACAUACCCUAGUCUAGUUUUUAUCACAUGCAUAGGACAGGAUCGCCAAAUUGGCUGUGCUGUUGUUGGGGAGCGGAAAUGGGCAGCUUAGAAAAACGAACAAAACACAUUACGAUACAUAGCUUGGUACAUUAUAAGAUCGCCGUAAAAUCAGUUGGAG